AUGUUUAAAAAAUUAACAUUAAAAGGUUCUGCAAAUGCAAGUAACCAAAUUAAAUCAUCAUUACAGAGAAAUAUUAAAAAUUCAAUUUUAACUCAAUACCCAAAAAUAAAAGAAUUUCAAGAAGAUGUUUUCCCAAAUAAAGUACCAAUUGUUCAAGUUAAAUGUCAAAAUCAUGUAAAUUUAGUUUUAGUUAAUAAUGAAGUUAUAUUUUUUAAUGAAAGAGAGGGUCCAUAUUACCCAACUUUAAGAUUCCUUCAUAAAUAUCCAGAUAUUUUACCACAUGUUCAAGUUGAUAAAGGCGCUAUUAGAUUUGUUUUACAAGGUGCAAAUAUUAUGUGUAAAGGUUUAACCUCACCAGGUGCUAAAAUGGAAGUUGAUUUACCAGCUGAUGCCAUCGUUGCAGUUAUGGCUGAAGGUAAAGACCACGCCUCUGCUAUCGGUGUUAUGAAAAUGUCAACUAAUGAUGUUCGUACAAUCAACAAUGAUAUUGGUAUUAAUAAUAUUCAUUAUUUAGGUGAUGGUUUAUAUAAAUCUCCAACUCUUGAAUAAAAAAAAAAAUAAAAAAUAAAUAAAACAAAAUAUU